UUGCAACCCCUUUUUGCAGUCUUCAUACACUUGUUCAGAGACUUUUGCCCGGUGCAAGUGAGCAAGUGUCUAACAUUGUGAUAAAUCACUGAGAUGGUCAGUAUUUCCAGCUGGCGUUCGGAUCUGGUUACAGGUGUACUCUGCCCCAAAAUUCAUGGAGUCUAUCCAAGAUUGCCGUCCCAUAUUGUGAGUUACAAGAGGAGCACACUCAAAAGUCCUGAUUGCGUUCAGCCUGUGUCUAGAAAGGUUCCUGGUAGAAGCAUUACGCAUUUGUCUCUUGCUGGUCGUGCUGUCAAAUGUGCUUCAUUUGUAGAAAGAAACUAUCAAUCUAGUGUCAAUGAUGAUGAGGAUCCAUUUUGGAUAAAUGCUACAAAGCAAGCUGUCCGGGCUGCAAAAUCUAUAUUGGAAUUCUUGGUUGAGCAGCCAAGUCAGCUGAAGUACAUAGAGUGGCCUGGAUUUCAAAGCACGCUGAAGACUGCAAUACUGGCACUUGUUCUAGUUGGGCUGUUUAUCAUUGCUUUAUUUUCUAUUGAUUCUGCAUUGUCUUACAUGUUGGCUCUAUUUUUGCGGAGAGCAGCAUGAUUCAAGAAAUAAGACUGAUUUUCUGGCAUCAGGCGAAGUCAACUCAUGCUAAUGGUGCUCCACGUAACUUUUUGCUUCUGGCAUAACACUAUGCCCGAAAAUACAAGAUUGGCCAAACUUGAGCAGCAUGAGACUUGCAGCUUUUUGAGCAUCUGCUGAAUAUAUCACCACAGAGAGGACCAUUACGAGAGUAUAGGGUUAUAUUACCUCUAGAAGACUAGAACUACUGUUAUAUAUGCUGGAAUGACGAGUGUACAUCUAUGUCUAUUUACAUUGAUACAGAGAAUGUUGAUUACUCAUUUGUGCACUUUCUUAAUUUGAUGAUAGACGUGUUAAACAUGUUAAUGUUUCUCUUGACUAGUUCUUUGCAUCAUGUUUACUGGAAUUGGCUUCUCUUCUUGAAGUGAGAAUA